GUUUUUUUUGGCUGGCGACGCCACUGCAAUCCCUUAAACCCCAAAUAUCCUUCAAGCUCCAAACCACAAAACCCUUCUUUCUCUGCAUUUCAAUGGCCAUUCCUAUGUAACAACACCACCACUUCUCUGAACUUCAAAGCUCCAACAAACAAAACCCAUGGUUUUCCUCAGAACCCUCCGUUCUUACAAUUUAUACACUCUCCUCAAACUCCAAAACCCUUCUCAAUUACCCCAUACCUAUCUACAUACCCCUUUCAUACCAACUCAUCCAAUUAUUUCGAUUUCCCCUCGAUCUUUACUACUUUCGUCAAUUUUUCAAAGACCCAUUUCGCUUUUUGCUCGGUUCGAACAGAAAGUGGACGCUGAUUUGAUUGAUUCAGAAUAUGUGAAAGAACAGAGAAAGGAGGGGACAAAGAAGCGACUGGAUAUCCUUUUCAAAGAAGCAGUUGGAUUGGCUGAAAAGCUCGAACGCAGCGACAGCGAAGACAAAAGUGAAAGUGACAGUGAAACCAAAGAUUUGAAGAAGAAAUUGAGGGCAUUGGAGGUAGACGUGAGGACUUUGAAAGAGAAUAAAUUGAGGAACUUGAAAGAGAACAGUAAGGAGAUAGAAAAAUUGAAGAAGAAACCCAAGAUCGAUGAUGAAGAAUUGAAGGGUGAGACUAAGCCUAGGCGCUUAUAUGCAUUGUUUACGCAUAAUGAGGAUGCUAGUCGCAAAAAAUCUGGGGAAUCGGAGGCUAUGAGAAUGGAGGACCCAAAAGUAUACAAAGAGCUUUCACCUGAUAUGGUUUUGUUUGUGAGACAUUUGUACGAUGAAGGGUACUUUAAGGAUGCAAACUUCUUGCCUAGGAAUAAGUUUGAUGUCACUUGUUUCGAGAACAGUUAUGGCCGCGAUUUUAUUAAGUUUGCGGCUGAGAAGUUUGGCAAGGAUCACCAGGAAAUUGCAAAAUGGUUGUCCGGCAGUGACUUAAAAAAGGUGGCCCUGGUUGGUUGCCCUUCUCUUGCUAGGAAAAAUAUAUUUUCUGCUAAAAGAUUGCGGACAUUUUUUGCAAUUCAGGAAAACAAUGUUUGCAGCAAAUGCAUCUUGAAACACUCAUGCAAGUUUGUGAAUCAGAGUGUAUGGAGAGGUGACACCAAGACUUUGAAUUUGGCAGUUGUAAUGAGGGUUAUUACUUUGUAUGCGUUGGAGUUGGUACCUCCACAGUUGGUAGUGCCGGAUGAAGUAAAGGCUUCUGUUAGUCGACUGCUGAAGGAGGUUGUAAGUCUUGGUCAAACUGUUUCAUAA